AUGGCCACUCCCUACUGGGGCGCCUUGCCCAAGGGUCCAAGUACCGCCCGCCGCGUCUCUGGUGAUGAUCAGGUCCUCAACGACCAGCCACCGCUAAACCACAUGGAUCCCUUCUCUAGCUCGAGUGCCCCCCAACAACAACCUCGACGAGACCGCGCCUCAGUCCAGACAGCACGCACUGGCUAUACUGAAGCUCCCACCGAGUCUACCUUGAGCCCCUUUGUCUCACCUACGAGGUCAAGCUUCGCACCGCAAGGACUGGCGCCGCGGCCUCCAACCCUACCCUACGGCUCGUCUGAAUACGCCGACGAGUUUGCCGAGAAGCGACAGCGCCGUCGAAGCUUGAAGAACGAAGAACAGAUCGACAGGACAGUUGGACCCACGCCACCUGCUGCGCCUGACGUCCCUCGAGCUCCUCCCGUGAGCUAUCGUCAGCCGUACACCCAGAGCGUCCAACCUGCCGGACCUCUGGCACCCCAGCGUCAAAACGUCCCUCCCGUCGAUAUCGACGACAUGGAGCCCGAGGCCUACUACAAGGCGGAUGGCCAGCAAAACUACCCGCGCACUGAGCGUUCACAAGGAGCCUCACGCCCGGCUGGUCCGCCCAGAGAUGCCCGACAUGGGAGGAGGAAAUCCUCGGCGACGAACACUGUACCCCUCAAUGGUGCUGGGGAAGCAUUGGAUUCUGCCAACCAGCCCACCAGGAUACCAACUGGUCGGAAGGUCUCUACAGACAUCCGCUCGCCCCUCCAGCAUCUCGAGACUGUGCUCAGCAAGGAGGAGAAGCGUGCUCGCAUGGAAGCCGCUGAACAGAGGGUACGAGCGAAAGCGAAUGCCGAUCCAAAGUUGCUGCAGCCGAUCGCGCAACGAACGCAGCCCCGACAGCCCAGGCCACAACCACAGCAAGCCCUAGUACAGCAACCACAGCAAGUCCGAUUCAGCAACGAUCGGGACCCAGACAUUUAUGAAGACACCCCGCCUCGUGGUCCUCCACAGGUAAACGCUGUCGCGGCAGCCCCGGCAGCCGCAGGCUCCCGAGGAUAUCUUCCUCAAAGUGCCCCAGAAGACGGAAAGUAUCAGUCUACCGCCUCUCAGCAAAACCGUAGACCUUCCGAGCCCGCGUACCCCGAUGUGCACCAAACUCAGGAACACAAUUCAGGAAUCCCUCAGCGCAAUCUCAGUUUCCGUGAUCGAGCGCAGAAGGAUGACCUGCGGUUGCCCAGCAGCAACCUGAGGAACCAAAACGAGGCCAGUCCGCUCUCAAUGCCGCCAGUCACGACACCCGGCGGCGGCUUCUCUCUCACCAGAACCGGUAGCAACAAGUUGAAGAAGGAAAAGCCUGGCGAUCCGUGGUUCAGGGUAAGGCAGCAGGCGGAGCAGCAAUACAGCAACGCUGAUACGCGAAAUCUCGCCAUGGACAGGUCAGCCGCUGCUAUAGGCGGUAGCGCAGGCUCAGUGCAGCGAUCAGGCUCUUUACAGGGCCAACAGUACCCUCGAGAUCCCAGUAUCCCCUCCGAGCAGGUCGAGCGGGCCGGCGUACCAAUCAGGAGACAAUCAUUCGAUCAAUACGAGGUUCCCCAGCGUGAACCAGUACCUGUAGAUGGAGCACCAGCUGUUGCGCUCCAGACCGGGCGGUACGCAGAUGCUCGGCGACAGCGACGGAACGAGGACAGCGAUUACAACUCCUCCGACGAUGAGCGCGGUCACCAUGUCUCGAACAUGAUCUACCGAAAGAAGGAGCAUAUGAGCCCUGGUCGCGGAUUGUACCUACCGCCUCAAUGGCUUAAUGAGUGGCAGAAAAGCACGACUGGCCUUCUUGGAGGCUCGCUACUCGACCUCAGUCAGGAACAGCUUCCGGUGAUUGAUAAAACCACGCCGUGGUGGGAAGGCGACAACACGAGGAGGCGGUCUAGUGUUAAUUCGAGGCCACGCAAAGCUGAAGCAUUCGACGGCGAGUACGACGAAACAACAGCGCCCACUAGGUUUAAGCCAUCUCUGCACCUCAAAUGUGGUCCACUUCUGCGCUACUGCGGUAUUCGACAUGAGAAGGGCUUGGUCGGUCGCUCAACCAAAGCUGCUCCUGCGGAUAGAGAGAUUUGGAGAGGCACGGUCAUGAUUGUGACACAAGACUCCCAGUCGUCAUACGAAAUUUCUCCUACACUUCGCCUGUUCGUUCAACCGAUAGAGCUGUUGCCUCCGCCUCCCCAUGAGAUCUCGGGCGAACAACCACUAGCCCCUGAGGACGAAACAGACGAGGGUCUCUUCGAGACUUUGAGAAGCCCUCCCGACUACCCUGUAGCCGAGGGUGCCGUAGAUCUCUCAUACACCAGUCGGCGCGCCCGCGCCAAACUGGAUGGCGAAAGAGCAUCAAAGUACAAAGAUGUACGAGGAUUCCGUUUGCAUGCUGAGAGGGGUUACACCUUCUGGCGCUUCAACAUUGAGGUCGAGCUCGGCGCGAAGCAGCAGCGCAUCGCCUACCGGAUCAACAGAGGUCCUGCUCUAGGAUUUUGGGUUCCUGCCAAGGGGCAGUCGAUGAACAUUAUGUUCCACAGCUGCAAUGGCUUCAGCAUGAGUGUUAACCCCAAUGACCUGAGCGGCCCUGACCCUAUGUGGCGAGACGUUCUUAACAAUCACCAGACAAACCCUUUCCACGUCAUGAUUGGAGGCGGUGACCAGGUCUACAACGACUGCCUGAUAGGCCAAAGCGACCUUUUCAAUGACUGGUUGGACAUUCGGAACCCCCUACAAAAGCACAACGCGCCUUUCACACCGGCAAUGCAGAACGAGCUUGAAUCGCUCUACCUCGAGCGGUACUGUAUGUGGUUCUCGCAAGGUCUCUUUGGGCUCGCCAACUCGCAAAUUCCCAUGAUCAACAUGUGGGAUGACCAUGACAUUUCGGACGGCUACGGUUCAUACCCGCACCAUGACCAGAACUCGCCGUGCUUCUCCGGUUUAGGUGCUGUUGCAUUCAAGUACUACAUGUUAUUCCAGCAUCAGAGCAUCCCUGUCGAAACCCCAUCCACGGAACCGAGCUGGCUCCUUGGCGAGAAGCCUGGGCCGUACAUCAACGAGCUUAGUCGCAGCCUUUUUACGUCUUUGGGCUCCAAGGUUGCGCUAUUAGCCGUCGAUGCCCGCACCGAGAGGACUGAGGAUGAUGUUAUCAGCGAGGGAUCCUGGAAACUGAUCAUGGAUCGCUGCUAUGCAGAAGUCAAGAGUGGCACAACGGAGCAUCUGUUGGUGCUACUUGGAGUGCCCAUUGCUUACCCAAGAAUGGUGUGGCUUGAGAACAUCCUCACUUCUCGGAUCAUGGAUCCUGUCAAAGCCAUGGGUAAGCUUGGUUUGCUUGGGAACGCACUCAACCGCAUCGACGGCGGUGUUGAGGUGUUGGACGAUUUGAACGAUCACUGGACAGCCCGCAACCACAAGAAAGAGAGGAGUGUGGUCAUCGAAGACUUGCAGGAUCUGGCUGCAGACAAAUCAGUGCGGAUCACAAUUCUCAGUGGCGACGUUCACCUUGCCGCCGUGGGACAAUUCUACACCAACCCCAAGAUCAGUCUUCCGAAGCACAAGGAUUUCCGCUACAUGCCGAACAUUAUCUCCUCAGCAAUCGCUAACACGCCACCGCCGAAUAUGCUUGCUGAUGUUCUCAACAAGCGUAACAAGGUGCAUCACUUUGACGAGAACACUGACGAGUCCAUGAUCCCCAUGUUCUCGCACGGCGUAGAUGGAAAGCCGAGGAACAACAAGCAUCUGCUUCCACACCGCAACUGGUGCUCUAUCCGCGAGUGGAAGCCAGGGAUGACACCACCACCGACGCCUCCUCUUUCAAACCACGACGGAAGCCCCAGUUCUCCUCUCGCAAGAAAAGACAGCAACGGGGGUGUUAUGCGGCGCCUGACCAAGACUCGUGGCCCUCAAUACCGUCCUGACGCACCGCAACAACGCGAAUCCCGGCCGCCCAUCACAGGCGAGAAGUCUGGUGGACUGUUCCGCAGUCCUCGCAAGUUCUUUAACCGGCGUCCCAGUAUAUCACGACCGGAUGAUGGCGGAAUCAAUGGCCAAUGGGGCCAGGCUGACGGGGAAGCCGACUUCUACCAGUACGAUGAUCCUCGCCGACCUCCUUCGCCGCCUAGGCAGCAGAGAGGUCUAGUCCUUCGUGGAGGCGGACGGCCUCAAUUUGAUGAUCGACAUGAUGAGUUCCAGCCUGGUGACGAGGACUACUUUACGGCCAGGGCACCUCCUCGUCCUCCUAAGCCGCCACAUCAGCAACAGCUGUACCCGCAAGGUUACCAAGAAGACGCACCACCUGAGCCGCCCGUGCCGAUCAGACCAUUCCAUCGAACGCCUACGGGGCUGAGGAGGAACCAGACGGGAAAGGGAGUUGCUGGAGCACAUGACAUUGAUCUUGAAGGCGGCCUUGACAUCUGUCUCAAUGUAGAGGUGAAUCCUCGAGACCCAGCCGGUAUCACAGUGCCAUAUCGUCUACUUGUGCCACGUUUGUUCUGGGAAGAUUCCAAGGACGAAACGCCUCCAGUGGUGCAGCAGCCAGCUCCAUCGGCCUUCAAACGAUUGCUGAGCUUUAGAAAGAAGCAGCAAACGGGUGGUGGUCCAGUCAGCCCCCAACAGUCGAGCUCUGUGCCCGCGAGCCAGGAGUAUCUUGGGGGCCGUGGGGAUGGAGGACAGUGGGGGCCAGUAGCACGGGGCCCACAGCCGCCGGCUCAGCAGCAUUACCACCACCAGGCGCCCCCUCCUCAACAACAGCAGCAGCAACAGUAUGGACAGCCAGUUCAGCGCCAGCAUCAUCAUCACACGAGUCAGCAACAACAGCCUAUGAUGACCCGUGCUGGACUUUCACAGCCGUCAUCUAGCCGGGCGGGCGGCUUCCCGCAAGCGCAUGUACCACCUCCACAGCACUUUCAGACGCAACCAGGCUCAGGGAAGCACGACGAGAUUGAGUAUGAGGAGUAUUAUGAUACGCCAGACGAGGACGCUGGACGUUCAAAGAGGAGAUAUCAAGGCUUGGUAACGAGGAUUGAAAAAACGCACGAUUAG